AUGAUGUUUCCUUGUGGUGAAAAUUUGAUUAUGCUAUCGAUCUCUUAUGCAAAUAUAGAUGCUAUAGUUACAAGUAUUCCACCUGAAAUUUUUAUAAAUAUAUGUCAAGACCUAACACCAAUAGAUCUUAUCACUUUGUCUAGUGUAUGUAAAAAAUUCUAUUGGUAUUUGUGUUCAAAAAAUUCUAUUACAACUCAAGAGAUUUGGAAAAAUUCACGUAAAAAGUUUUUACCAUUUGCACAAUUACCCCCACCUCAAGGCAUGGAUGAAAGGAGUUAUGUUAGAUUAUUGACUGAACGUGGCUGUCAGUUCUGUGGUAGAUCAAGAGUUAGAAGAGUCUACUGGGCUUUCAAAUUUAGAUGUUGUAAAAACUGUUUGGAAAACAGAACUAUGAGAUUUGAUCAAAUAAAACGUGGAAUCCUUGGCAGUCUACACAUUUCUGAUGAAAUUUUAUCUGGCUUGCCUUAUAUUACUGGUCUUUAUAAGGGUAGCCUGGAUAAGAGUCUAAAGAACAGACCUGCAAACUUGUAUUUGAUAAGUGACGUUUCUUCCGCUUAUCAGGAAUUCAUCAAACUACAACAAAAGAAUGAUCAACAAUUACUUAAAGAUUGGCUGGAAAAGAAAAAAAUCGAAGGAGAGAAAUUAAUGGAAGAUGCAAUUGCACAUGAGGACGAGCAUGAGAAGGAGUGUUUGAAAAAAACAGAAGAGAAUGGUAAAAAAAGAGAUGAUCGAGCCACUACUAUAGAAAAAAUGAUCAGGAAAGAAAAAAAUUUUUAUGGAUUUCCCAGAUUUAAGAUUUCAAUAGUUGAACAAUGCGUGACAUACACUAAAGCCACGAUGUCUAAUUCUACUCGUCCUUUUACAGAAAGAGCUUGGAUUGGAUUAAAAAAGAAGUUAAUACCCGAAUAUGAUCAUAUGGUUAUAUCUCAAAGGAAUAAAAGACAAAUCAACGAAAGACAUUUAUGUCACGAUGUGGCAUUUCAAACAAGACAAAUGGAUAUUCCAGUUUUUUUAUUUGAAAGUUCUUUAAUUAAAUACCUUCCAUGGCUACCAUCCUUCAGAGAUCCGCCAUUCACCAAUAAUGAUCCAAGGAUUUUAUGGGAUGAAGAUUUUCUACAAAGUAUUUUUAUACCAAGGUUACGCCAGCAAGCAAUUGAAUUGAAAAACAAUCCAUUGCCAAUCUCUACUGUGUGCGGUGCUUUUCUUCAUGGUGGAUUGGCAAAUAAACGAAUAUUUGCAUUACAAAAUCAUAAAGUUAGAAUGAUAAACGAUGAAAUGAUGAUUAAAGUUUUACCUGAAAUGAUUGAUAAUGCUUCCCUUAAUCAAUUGAUUCCUCGUAAUAAACCGGAAAUAUUUUUUGCUGCUGGCUUUAAUUGUAAUCUCAUCGUUAACUUGUAA